GUGAGUUCACCUUCAUUCAACUUUGGAGAAGACAUCAUGAAUGCGACCGACCAUCAUACGUUUCCACGUCCUGAACCGAUACCCUUCCUCGAACGAGAGCGCCGACGAGCCGACAACACAAAGUCAACAAGAAAUUAGCGACAUAUUUCCCUUCCGAUUCCAUUCCCCUACAACUUGGUCGCCGGUCGCAUUUGUGGUGUUGAAGGACGAUGAGAACUGGAAGAGAGCUAGGCUAACAUUUUCUUCUUCAGCCGCGGCCAUGUGUCUGCCGGUCACGGUCGUGUAGGAAAGCACCGCAAGCACCCAGGUGGUCGUGGUCUUGCUGGUGGCCAGCAUCACCACAGAACCAACAUGGAUAAAUACCAUCCUGGUUACUUCGGAAAAGUUGGUAUGAGACACUUCCAUCUCACCAGAAACCAAUACUGGAAGCCCACAAUCAAUCUUGACAAGCUCUGGGCUCUCCUUCCUGAGGAAACCCGUGACCAAUACGUCUCUGGCAAGAAGACCGACACCGCCCCUGUUCUCGACCUCCUUCCUCUUGGCUACUCUAAAGUUCUCGGCAAGGGCCGCAUCCCAGAGAUCCCAAUUGUUGUGCGGGCAAGAUGGUUCAGCAAGGAAGCUGAGCGCAAGAUCAAGGAGGCUGGCGGUGUUGUUGAGUUGGUCGCAUAAAGGGUGUCAAAUGGACUGUGGAUUUCAGAUUCUUUGGCAACGGUCGGCAGAGCAUCUCUAUCGAUCAAACUGCUCAGCUUCUCUUCGACCACGCUGUACCCAAAACACCAGUCGAAGCAGAAGCAAACAUUAUGACGAGCGAAAGUAGAUAGCUCUGUGCUACGGGCAGGGUGCUAGCAGUGCGCAUUCAAAGCGAUAACCCAUCAACAUUGCCUUGACUAUGGGAGGCAUUGAUGGACAUGAAAAUGAAAAAGAAAUUACGCAAAAUCUGUUUUGGGGGGUUUUAUGCUUGGGAUUCUGCAUCCAGACUUCACCCAUCGCUACCUCGCACCAUCACCUUUCUCAUCUUUCAGCAAUUGUAUCAAAUCCUAGAACAGGC